AGCCAGAGUAUGUUACUCUAGCCCCAGUGUGAGUGAUAUUGUCUAUAACUGCCCAGGUAUUAACUACCUUUCUUUCCUUUAGCAGCCGGCAAGCUCUGUGUCAGGGCAAGGGGGUGCAGAGAGUCAGGACAGGAUGAGGGAUAGUUCAGUCCCAAGCUCAGCUUCAUCAUCAGUGACAGAUCUGUUCUGCACCCCCCGCAGCAGUAGGUCAGACCUCUUCCUCCCAGGUACAUCUGGAGACUUCAGCCUGAGUGCCAGCUUAUCAGCCUGUACCCUGCUCUAUGAGGGUGCGGUAGAGCCCAUGCAGAUUGAUGUAGACCCACAAGAAGAUCAGCAAAAUGCACCUGAUAUCAACUAUGUGGUCGAGAACCCAACUCUGGAUCUGGAGCAGUACGCAGCGAGCUACAGCGGCCUGAUGAGAAUCGAGCGACUGCAGUUCAUUGCUGACCACUGCCCACAGCUGCGCGUGGAAGCCCUCAAGAUGGCUCUGUCAUUUGUCCAAAGAACAUUCAACGUUGACGUUUAUGAAGAAAUUCAUCGGAAACUGGCUGAAGCCACAAGAGAGCUCCAGAACACACCUGAUGCUGUCCCGGACGGAGGGAUAGAACCGCCACCUCUAGACACAGCUUGGGUUGAGGCAACACGCAAAAAAGCUCUUCUUAAGCUGGAAAAGCUGGAUACAGAUCUAAAGAACUAUAAAGGGAAUUCAAUCAAGGAAAGCAUCAGGAGGGGCCAUGAUGAUUUGGGUGAUCAUUACCUCGACUGUGGAGACCUCAGCAACGCCCUCAAAUGUUAUUCGCGAGCCCGUGAUUAUUGUACCAGCGCAAAGCAUGUUAUUAACAUGUGCCUCAAUGUUAUCAAGGUCAGUGUUUACCUUCAGAAUUGGUCCCAUGUCCUGAGCUACGUGAGCAAGGCAGAGUCUACGCCAGAAAUUGCAGAGCAACGAGGAGAACGUGACAGUCAGACACAGGCAAUCCUCACCAAAUUGAAGUGUGCCGCAGGCUUGGCUGAGCUAGCUGCCCGAAAAUACAAACAGGCAGCAAAGUGCUUCCUCUUGGCCUCAUUUGAUCACUGUGACUUCCCUGAGCUGCUGUCUCCUAGCAAUGUAGCUGUGUAUGGUGGCCUGUGUGCACUAGCUACCUUUGACCGUCAAGAAUUGCAACGCAAUGUCAUCUCCAGUAGUUCCUUCAAACUCUUCUUGGAGCUGGAACCGCAGGUGCGUGACAUCAUCUUCAAGUUCUACGAAUCCAAAUAUGCCUCAUGUCUCAAGAUGCUGGAUGAGAUGAAGGACAACCUGCUACUGGAUAUGUACCUGGCACCUCACGUGAGAACACUUUACACACAGAUCCGAAAUCGAGCCCUCAUUCAGUAUUUCAGCCCCUAUGUGUCAGCAGACAUGCGCAAGAUGGCCACUGCUUUCAACACCACAGUGGCAGCUCUGGAAGAUGAGCUCACGCAGCUGAUCCUGGAAGGGCUGAUUAAUGCCAGAAUAGACUCUCACAGCAAGAUUUUAUAUGCACGAGAUGUUGAUCAGCGAAGCACCACCUUUGAAAAGUCCUUGCUGAUGGGGAAGGAAUUUCAGCGCCGCGCCAAAGCGAUGAUCCUGCGAGCAGCUGUCCUACGCAACCAGAUCCACGUGAAGUCUCCUCCUAGAGAAGGAAGCCAAGGUGAACUCACUCCAGCGAACAGCCAGUCCCGAAUGAGCACCAAUAUGUAAAGCUCUAGAAAUCGACAAAAGACUCUUCCCCCCCACACCUCACCUGGGAGCAUGAGCAUCCAGCAUCCGAGCCACCAACGAUCUCUUGGUGCCUUUUCUGUCUCUCUGGGUGUGGGAGGGGCAGGACUGGUUGGGGGGGCAUGCCUUUGGAAUCUGGUAAUUCCUUUUAGAAUUGAAACUUCCAUUAGACGCCGCACUGCAAGAAUACAUGAGCAUGUGAAUGCUGGGUGCAUCUUGUCCUUCCCCAGGGUAUUUCACAGAGGCUUAUCUUGGGUUCUUGCAGCUGCCCGCAGAAAUCUGUAGUUUCCACUCAGUAAACCAUAGUGGGAAUAUGGAGGGAUAGGUGUGUUCCUAAAGAACCUCUUGUUCACACCGCUGUUGUCUCUUACUCUGAUUCUGGCCCAAACAUUGCCUCUCAGGUAGCACCCACAGGAAAUCUGGCAUCCUUUCCAUCCACGUGUUGUGUUUGCAUUUACCCUGGGUCAGCUCCAUUUUGGUCUGUUCUUCCCUUUGGAAAAAAAGAGAGAGAGAGAGCCUGUGUUCUGGCAGCCCCAGCCCUGUUCUGGCUAUAGUUGUGAUGUUUCUUCAUCCAGAUUUACUGCUGUAGUGUGUGGUGGCUUUCUAGCCUUUCUGGACAACAUGAAGGGGGUAAAUGGCACAAAAGUACCUCCACCUGUAUCCAGGCAGGAGUCUGCCUAGCUGUCUGCACUCCCAGUACCACUUCUUGUUUAUCCUUUACAGAACAGGGUUGUGGUCACAGGUCAGAUGUGGAUUUGUGUUAUGUUAAUGAAAAUAGUUAAAUGUUGAAUAUUCUGCAGUUUAUUCCCUUGUCCCAGGGACAAAGUUACAGAUUUGGAUCUAGCCCUUGACAAGCAAAACACUGUUAAUGAUAUUUAGUUUAAAACAAAGUUCUCUCUUAUGCAUUAAAAAGCAUAAUUGUAAAGAUAACUGCAGCGCUGAAUGGCUCUGGUGGCUCUUUUCCCCCCGAAAAAACUUGGAAACAUGGUGAAACUCUAGCACAGGAAACUGAGAAACCUACAGCGAUAUAAAAUGUCUAGUUUCAGAAAUGACGAUGGACUAAGGAACUAAAGCUGAAUUGCAGUCCUUUCAAAUGGCCUUGGCUUUAUUGGGUUAGACCUGGAAGCAGACACCACAGUCCUUUGGGGCAGUCUUUAAACAGGCAGCAUAAAUGUUCGGUGUGUUCAUAGCAAUUGUCACUUUUCUAAAAAUAAGGAAGAGAACCAAAGCCACAAAUCUGGUCCACUUGCUUCACUCGGGUUUUUGAGAUGUUAGUACUGUGGGGGGAGGGGGGAAGGGACGAGGGGAAAAGGAAGCGUUGGGCCUUCCUCCCUCAAGUCAAUAAUCCCUCCCAGACAAUGAUAAGGGGUGGGGACUUGGUUUGUUUGCUUAAAUGAAAACGGAGCUUAUCAGAAUCCAAGUGCUCUUUAGCACAUGAAGCCCUGAAGGCUAUCUAAGGUUCAGAGGAAUAGGGCACCUCAUUCCAAUUAUUGUAAUCUUGCUACUCAUUGGAGUUUGGGCUGAAGUUGAAAGUCCUGUUGUGUUUGGCAGAGUGCUAUACCGGUAACUUGUUCUCUGAAACCUGAACGAAGGCAAGGAAACAACAUUGCUCGGCAUCUUUCUGUAGUAACCUGCUUCACUCUCCUUAUCGUAAGAGCUUGGAGCAGAUAGGUUCUGGUUUGCAUGGAUGUGAAGGAGCAUGAGCACGCUAAGUAUAUAAACUUGUAGAGUGCUACAAAACUGCAAUGGGGUGCGUGUUGGUGACCCAUGAUGCAUUUGUGUGCUUUGCAGUGCAGUCCUAAGCAGAGUUAUACCUUUAUAAGCCCGUGGACUUCAGUGGAUUUAGAAAACUCUGUUUAGGAGUACACUGUAAGGGCAUUAUCCCUUCGACUGCCCAGGUUCAUGAGUGAGCAGUACAUAAAGAUGGUAAAAGUAAGAGAAGGCCCUCUACAAAUUGAGGGCCUUCUUUUCAAAAGCAUGCAGCCUAUUUGGAGCAUAUUUAUGGAAUGUGAAGGUUUUAGCAAGUAGUAUUAACUUCCAGAGAAAGGGAAAGAAAAAUGGAUUUGGGAACUAUCCCAUGUUUCUGCAAGGUGCUGUUUUGUGGUUGACAGGGCUUUAGAGGUUUAUCGUGCUCAUCCCGAAGUGGACCUUUUAGCAACAAUUUUUUAAGUUCGCUUGGAAGGAAAUGCACAACGACAUUCUCUUGUAUAAAAUAAGGUAAAACUUGCUGUAUUACAGGCCUCAGUCUAAGAGAAGAUAUUGCUUAUCAGGGUCAUGCUAGAUGCAGUGGUGUCCUUGUGGCUACUGCGAAGACACUGCUGCCAUUGUAAAGUCGUUUAAAAAUACUGCAAGGGCCUGAUCCUGUUUGGGCCCACAGUGCAGCGCUCUUGUUUCUGCACCAUGCACCUUUUCAGUUGCUGAAACAGCUGCAGAGGGGCAGCUGUGUUGUCACUUGAUAAAGCGUGAGAGAAAGGGCAAGAGCACCCCUGUGUACUGCACUGCAGGUCAGAUCAGGAUCAGGCCCCUGCAGCAUUUUAAAAUGACCUUAAAAUGGUGAUACUCUCCUUGGGGCAGCCAUAAGGAUGCCGUCAUAUCUAAUUUGGUCCUCAGUGGGGAAAACUGGGGGAGAGGGUCUGCUGCUGCUCAUGUCACAGCGGCUUUUGCAACCCCACCAAACAGUGACCCUUUUGAUUGGACGCCUCAACAUCUCUCAGGCACUCGGCACUUUCUCCAGUUGACUUUGACUAAUAUUUGUCUCUAAUGUUUUGUCCACUGUGUAUGCAAACCUCUCUGUAAUUUUCAAGUGGAGGCACGUUGACCUUGGUUAGCUGAUUGUGAGAUGUCUGCUUUUACUAGUGAAAGUUCAGUCUGUACAAAGGCACCGAACAGCUAGUCAGAGCUUAUAGGUCUCCAUGAAAACAUUACGAGGACAAUAAGAAAGCUCCUAGUUCUAGUUUCGGGAACUUGGGUUUGGCCAAUUUUAUUGUGUGAGGAGACGCAUAGUAGCAACAGCUAUGACAGAAAAAGCUUUCAGUAGUCCUUGGAUAAAAAACCCUCUUGUUAAAUAAACUAAGCCAAGCCCUUGAAAUCCAGAGCUUUUAGAACGGAAGUUCUUAAAUUGAAAAGAUAUUUUCAACUGGAGGGACAUAACUAUUCUGCAUACUUGAAUUGUGAUCGCAUACUACUUAAGAAAUGCCAAAUGCCCGAUUUAUUGAUGGUUGUAUUUAAUUUCUUCUGCAGUACUUACUCUCAAGUUGUUGCCCUCAGUGGAGAAAUUGAAUCCUCUGUUUGGAAAGAAAUCUUGAUAGAUUAGCACACCAUCAGCUGAAAAAGGAAAUGAGUGUGGGCUAACUUCUUGUACACCCAUUAGCAGCAGAUUUUGCCAUCUCCUUCUCAAGUUCCUGCUAUUAUCAUGGCUUUAAGAAAAAACCUCCUGCGGUUUGUUUCAGAUCAACCAGGUUUCUUUGGAGAUGAAAGACCACUAACAGUGUAUUAGAGCCUGCAUGUUUCCUGUUUUUAUUCUAAAACAUUUUGGUGUACAGCACCACCCAAAGGUGAAAGAUGAGAAUCCUUGCUCAACUUAUUUUUUUCCCUACUGUCCUUUAAUGGGGAGUUAACAAUUUAAAUGGAUGCUGAUGCUUCUUUGAGUGACAUUUUCCAUAGCUCCUUCUGGGAGGACUUCAAGAAUUAGAUAACUAGCCCCAGUCAUAAGGAUGGAAAGUUUCUACCCUUCUGAUGCCAUGUUCAUGCCUGCAUUUGAAAAUUUUGAGUUUACGGGGCAGCUACAGUUUCUGGUGGGGCACCUUAACAUCUCAGCUCAGCACCACCUCAAAGAAAUCUGAAAAAUUAGGAGAGUUUAGUGUGAAGAUGUCGGGCAUAUCAGAAAUUGUCAUGUUUCUGAUUUAUUUAUUUGCUCCCCUGGCAUUCAACCCACUGAGCCCUCUUUUCAAAGCAGCUUGCAAUAAAAUCAUAAAGCAACAAUAAAUGUCCGGCUCCAGCAUUGUAUGGAGACAAGGGAAAAGUGCAUUCGGGCUUUGUAUUACAUUGAUGUUGCACUGAUGGCAUGAUAUGUGUACAUUUGUGAAUUUGUAUUGUUUAUUACACUGCCAGUUUUCCUUUUUCUAAAUGACUGAGGAGAAAAGAUCAGGGCUGUUUACUGGGCUUUGACCCAUGAACACAGUUGGACUUAAUCCUAAGUCAGUGUGCAGAAGACUGUAGCCUGAAACGAAAUAGCUGCAUCCAAUUGCUUUUCUCGGUGUUCCAGGGAAUAAUAAGCCAUUGUAAUAAGAGUUGUGUCACCUUAGCAGAUUUGUGAAGGGGCUGGGACAUCCGUGUGGUGAAUGACCACAGAAUUGUUGCUGUAACAUAAAAGCUGUUUAAGCAUCUAUGAAUAAAUGGAUAACAUCACUGAAACCACCACAAGGGUGACUUUACCACUGUUGUCAUGAAGCACUGUGCUUGAAAGCCACUUAAAGUAGUAGUGGUAGCCGAGGAAGAAGUCUCCUUAAACCACCAUAGCUGGACUGCGGCCUAUGUUUUGCAGUCUGCUGCGUCCCAUGAAAUCGUGCCGUCAGAAGUCACUGGAGCUUCAAGAACAGCAUGGGGGUGAAG